AUGUGUUAUACUUUUGAAGUAAAAUUAGAAUGUUGUGUGUAAUUUAAAAUUGAGUAUAUAUAACUUUCCAUAUUUCUAGUUCAUUCAUCUCCUAGAUGAUAUAUAUAUUGAUCAUAUCACCAAACUGAAAAUAAUUUCUCCAAUAUCUUGCAAACUCUAUUGGUCAGUUCAUUCAGAGAUAGCAAAAAUUUAACCUAUUCUCAAAAUUGUAAUUUUAAUUCUUUUUAGGAAAUAGGAAUAGAAAUAUAAAGGUGAAUUUCAUUAAGGUCUAAUAGAAAAUGGUUGA